GCCAAAACGAGCGCACCACAGCUCAAGACCCAACCCUCAGAGCGCAGUACAUAACGGCGGAGAAAAGGAGAAUACACGGACGACAACAAGGCGUUAUCGCCAAAUUUCACGUCGAAUAACCGCUUUUAACCAUCAUCGCGCGGUGGGACUUUAUUCAGAAUCAUGGUGAAGAGAUGGCGCGAGGUGGUUUUUCUGUCCUUCAUCAUAAUUCUGCUAAACAUGGAAUCCACAUGGGGCAGAAGAGGAGGCGGAAGCAGCAGCAGCAGCAGCGGCGGCCGGAGAUCUUCCACCUCUUGGAGUAACCGGGGCUCGCAAUCCAAACCGUCCAGCUCAAAUCCAGGAAGCGCUUCCAAUCGCAACACUAAUCCUUACCCCGCUGGUGGAAGUUACCCGGGAGCGGGAAACAGAAACCCGGCAAGUUAUCCAGGAGGCGGAAGUUACCCCAAUCAGAAUCCCAGUCGAACCAAUCCUGGCAGAUAUCCAGCCGGUGGUAGUUAUCCAAACCAGAACCCUUCGGGUCGUAAUCCGGCUGCCGGUGGCUACCCUGCCGCAGGUGGAUACCCCAACCAGAACCCUGCUGGUGGUUACCCAGCCGGUGGCAGUUAUCCAAACCAGAACCCGGCGGGCCGUAAUCCAGCCGGUGGUGGAUACCCGAACCAGAACCCAGCUGGCGGUUAUCCAGCCGGUGGUGGUUAUCCAAACCAGAACCCCGCGGGCCGUAAUCCAGCCGGUGGUGGAUACCCGAACCAGAACCCCGCUGGCGGUUAUCCAGCCGGUGGUGGUUAUCCAAACCAGAACCCGGCGGGUCGUAAUCCAGCUGGUGGUGGAUACCCGAACCAGAACCCUGCAGGCGGUUACCCAGCCGGUGGCGGUUAUCCAAACCAGAACCCCGCAGGCCGUAAUCCAGCCGGUGGUGGAUACCCGAACCAGAACCCCGCUGGCGGUUAUCCAGCCGGUGGUGGUUAUCCAAACCAGAACCCGGCGGGUCGUAAUCCACCUGGUGGUGGAUACCCGAACCAGAACCCUGGAAGGGGCAAUUAUCCAGCCGGAGGUGGUUAUCCCAACCAGAAUCCAGGCAGAGGUGGUACCAACCAAGGAUACCCUAACCAGUACCCGGCUGGUGGAGGGGGCUACCCAAACAGGGGUGGCUACCCAGCCGGGGGAAGCUACCCAGCUGGAGGGGGCUAUCCAAAUAGAGGUGGCUACCCAGUUGCGGGUGGCUACCCGGCUGGAGGAGGCUAUCCAAAUAGGGGUGGCUACCCAAACCAAUAUCCCGCAGCAGGUGGUUAUCCGGGCCGAGGCGGCUCAUUCGGCUACCCCCAAGGGAACCCGAAUAAUAGGAUUCUGAGUCCCCACAUUGGUGGGGGUGCUUAUGGUUACGGCGGUCACGGAAUGGGAGGGUCCCCCUUCUCCCGUUCGGUGCAGACUAUGGGUUACAAGCCCAAAUCGACAGGGUUCGCCAAGAAGGCCAUUCUGGCGGCGGGCGUGGGCGCUGUGGCGGGGAUGGCGGUGGGAUACGGACUGGGGCGCUUCCCCCGCCCCCACUUUUCAUUCCAUAACCCCGAGCAAGAGUACUACUACAACAACUACAUGUACCGCCGCUACGGCUCGCGCUCCACCGACGAGAAGGACUUUGGCCGCGAUUACGUCUAUAAGGUGCCACCGAGAGCCGAGAGCUACGACGCCUUCAUGGCCCGAUGUAUGAACAGAACGGAUCUGCUGAAGGAACAGAAGACCAACUCGUCCGAGGGCAUCCAAGAGGACGAUAAUGACACGGUGAGCAUCGAGGAGAUCGGCUACCCGGCCCUGUUGGAGCAGAUGAAGACGCGCCGCUGCGUGGAGAAUUACAUGGUCUACUCCGAGCGCUUCCUGGAGAAACGCAAACCUGAACAGCAGGUCCAGUUUGGUCGCAGUGGACCGCCAAACUUUGGUGAGGCGCAACUUUUCUUGUCGCUCUCCAUGUUGCUGUCCAGCGUGCUCCUGCUCCAGUAGGAACAACGAGGCCCUCUAUUAUACGCGCAUGUGUCCAUACAGUAACGCUGAUCCAAUGUAUCCUAUUAUCGUUAGCGACCUUGAAUUUUGCACCUCCUGGCUGAUAUUUAAUUAAUCACCAUAUACACGACUCACAAAAAUGAAUAGUCGUCUUUCGGGUGACAGGGAUGAACUUAACAUGCACUAACAUUUGCAGGUAAACUUCAUUUACCUAAAAUAAAUCAAUAAAAUGCACCUGUAGCGGGCUUAAUGCAUUUUAGGUUUAUUCUGAAAUGUCACCCAAAAGCCUAGUAUGCAAAAUUAUUUUUUUGAGUAGUGUAUAUAGUCUACACUAUAUAGCCAGUAUAUAGCUGCCUAAAACUAACACCAGAGUGAUGGAGUCGUGUCUAUCUUCGUGAUAAAAUGAAUAAAACCUUUCGAAGGGUUGUUGUAGUCUAACAAGCACUCAUUGUGAUUUGCACUCCACAUUGUUGAGCACUGAAUACCCGAGUACAGUACGUAUAUGUAUUUGUUUUAAUUUGAGCUUCCUGCGUCUGUCAUUUGACUUGCAUUGGUUAUUAAUUACACUUUUAUUCACUUUCUGUUCAUCUCAAGUACUUUAACACGUUUUGGCUAACGCAUACUAUUAAUAGAGUGACAGAGACCAUUGUCAUAUCUUUUAAAGAUAUUUUUCAUCUCAGUUCUGCACUUUUAACAUUUGAAUGGUUUUUUAGUUUCCACUUCUGAUUUCUUGUCCAGUCACUUGUGAAACGAACCUUAAAAGUAAAUAAUUUUCCCUUUGUUUAUUUUAAAUAAUGUAUUUUAAAUUGCCAUUAACCCAUUCGUGGGCAGCAUCCCAUUUUGGGGACAUCAUGAUUUUCACGCAUUAUAUCCUUCAGUAUAUCAAAAUAUUUAGGUGUUUUAAUCUGAUUCUGAUUCUGGUUUUCAGGACGAUCUACUAAGAAAACCCAAGUACCCUCUUGCGUAAAGCUUCCUAUUUUUUGGGACGAGUGUUAUUUCCUUGAUUGUGGCCUGUUAGAAGACUUUUAUCUCAAUAAGGCAAACCAUUGCCACCCUGCCCAUGAAUGGGUUAAUUCACAAACUAUUCGUUUUUCAAAUUUAAAGUUAGAUUUGGUAUUUUACCGCAAGAUUGUAUUUCACUUAUGGAAUAAAGUGUAUUUCUCCAUGAACAUUGUGACUUGCUGAAACGACUACAUAAACUCAAAAUUUGCGUCGUUUUUUUUUUUCUCCAGCAAUUGAUACUACCGGUAACGAUGUACUAUAUAGUUUGUUCUGAAUGUGUACGUGAUCAAUAAAAUUGUCAAAAAUC